AUGGCGGCAAAAAUUGAAUGGGAUCAGGAGCUACCUGAGAGAAUUCUAGAAGAAUGGCGCCAAUGGAAAACCAUUUUGCAAGACAUAAGGAGUUUCGAGGUCCCUAGAUGCUUUUCCACAGCCACAUCGGAGCCAUGUCAAAUUGGACUCCAUACAUUCGUCGACGCCAGCGAGCAAGCAUAUUCUGCAGUCUGCUACUUGCGCGUGGCAACGGAUGACAGAGUCGUCGUAUCUUUGGUGAUAGCGAAAUCUAAGGUGGCACCUUUAAAACCACUUUCGAUUCCGCGGAUGGAGCUGCAGGCAGCAGUUAUGGGAGCACGCUUAGCCCAAAAGGUGCUGAGCACACGCAACCUCCGAAUUGACAACGCCACAUACUGGUCGGACUCGAAGACAGUGCUGCAGUGGCUAACAAUGGACCCCCGCAACUUUCAUCAGUUUGUGAUGCACAGAGUCGCCGAAAUUCUGGUCGACUGGAAUUCUGGAACAACACUGGUCGAGCAAUGGCGGUGGAUUCCUUCAAAGCUGAACGUAGCAGAUGGAGCUACCAAGGUCACCGGGCAAACCCAACAAGAGACGUGGAUAACGGGCCCGGAGUUCCUCAAGACCGAUGCGAGCAACUGGCCAAUAUCCAAGAAGCAGGAGAGCAUCAUCGAUACCUCGGAGAUCCGGAAACAUGUGAUGACGACGCAUACGAAAUCAGUGGUUAUGUUUAACGCGCACGAUUUCUCAAAUUGGCGGCGGUUAUACAGAGCAGUGGAGCUAGUAAUCCUGUUCAUCGAUCGGCUGCGGGCGAAAUGUGCCGGACAAGAUAUGCCAACAACCACGACAACGGCUCAUGUUAGUAAGGCAAAGAUGCUGCUAUAUAAACAAUCUCAAGCCAUCGCCUUCGCCGCAGAAAUGAAAACGUUAUCCGCGGGACCGGCGCUCCUCAAGGGAAGCAGAUUGGCCGGAUUGAACGCGUACCUGGGCAACGAUGGAGUACUACGAACUAGAGGCAGAUUGAACGCGGUUGACAUAGCUGAGGACGCCAUCAUACUAGCGGUCCCCAGACCACCCCAGAUGGCACCGAUCCCGAGGGCAAGAGUUGGAAGCUUCGAGAGGCCGUUCACCUAUACAGGCGUCGACUAUUUUGGCCCGUUGUUGGUGAACGUCGGCCGGCGCAAAGAGAAGAGAUGGGUAGCUCUGUUCACCUGUCUUACGUUGCGCGCGGUGCAUUUUGAGAUCGCCUACAGUCUAGAUACUAGUUCAUGUAUCAUGUGCCUAGCCAAUUUUAUGGCCCUUCGAGGGACACCGAGGGAAAUAUUCUCAGACAACGGUACGAAUUUCAGAGCCACGGAAAAAGCCGUGCGCGAGGAGCUGAAAAAGAUCGAGCACGAUAAGAUCACUAUUAAGUUCGACGGCAUAAAGUGGCGAUUCAACCCACCAGGAGCACCGCACAUGGGUGGAGCAUGGGAGAGACUCGUCAGGACAACGAAAGGAAUCUUGAAGAACAUUUGCCCAAGUUACUCUUUCAACGACGAGGGGUUGAGAAACGCACUGAUGGAGGCGCAAUUUAUCAUCAACUCGCGACCUCUCACGUUUGUAAGUUUGGAUUCAGAGGAUGACGCCGCCCUAACUCCAAACCACCUGCUGCUAGGAUCAGCGAACGGAUACAAGCCGCUGCCGAAAGAGGGAAUGAAUCUGAAGCGUAGAUGGAACGAGACUCAGCGCUUCGGGGACCGCUUUUGGCAACGAUGGGUUAAGGAGUAUGCACCCGUAUUAACCAGGCGCACCAAAUGGUUUGAGAAGGUGCCUCCAAUCACCAUCGGGAGCAUCGUCGUAGUCGUGGAUGAGCUUCUUCCCAGGAACCUGUGGCUAAAAGGACGCGUGACUGACGCAUUGAUGGCCAACGAUGGACAAGUUCGGCGGGUGACAAUCAAGACGCAGCAUGGCGCUAUAGAAAGACCAGCAACAAUGGUAGCAGUUCUGGACGUCGGCUUGGAGAAUGGUAACUGA